AUGCUACUCAAGCAAGCAAAGGAGUUGGACAAAAAGUAUCCUACUUACAAGGAGGACUUUUAUAUCCCGACAUUUGAAUCUCUUGGUAUUGAAAACGACAAAUUCCCCAAAGAUACAGAAUCAAUAUACUUGUGUGGAAAUUCGCUCGGCUUAAUGCCGAAGCAAACGUCCAAAGCAAUAAACAACGAAUUGAAAGCAUGGUCAAUGCGAGGAGUAGAAGCUCAUUUCAACCAUCCGAUUACUCAACUGACCAACUGGGUUGAUAUCGAUUUACCUUGUGUGCCGUUGUUGGCUCCCUUGGUUGGCGCUAAUGAAAAUGAAGUUGCAGUCAUGGGAUCAUUGACAUCGAACUUGAAUGCAUUACUUACCCAUUUCUAUAAACCAAACGGUAAGAGAACCAAAAUUUUGUUUGAAAAACAAGCAUUCCCUUCCGAUUACUACGCGUUUGUCAAUAUUGUGAAAUUGCAUGGGCUUGAUGAGUCACAUUUAAUCCAAGUGCAGAUACCGAAAGGUGAAACGUAUUUGAAAACUAAAUCUAUAUUGUCAACUAUUGAUGCCAAUUUGGAUGAAAUUUCUCUUGUUUGUUUUCCCGGUAUACAAUACUACACUGGCCAAUUUUUCGAAAUUGAGAGAAUCACAAGUUACAUCAAAGAAAAAGCACCAGAAGUAGUUGUUGGUUGGGAUUUGGCCCAUGCUGUAGGGAAUGUACCACUUCAGUUACAUGAUUGGCAAGUUGACUUUGCCGCUUGGUGUUCUUACAAGUAUCUCAAUGCUGGUCCUGGUGCCAUUGCCGGAAUAUUUGUCCACGAAAAGCAUACAAAGCACAAUACUGUCACCCAUUACAAACCUAGAUUAGCAGGCUGGUGGGGUAAUAAUAGCGCCGAUAGAUUCAAGAUGUUGGAGAAAUUCGAUCCAAUUGCUUCAGCUUUGAGUUAUAGACAACUGAAUCCUAGUGUGAUCGAUUGUGUGGCUCUUGAAUCAUCAUUGCAAGUAUUUAAAAAAGUUGGUGGAAUCGACACAUUGCGUAAAAAGUCAUUGGAGCUUACGCAGUUUUUGCAACAUUUGUUGACGAGUAGUAAUUACUAUAUUCCACAAGAUAGUACGGACGAGUCCAAGUUUGGGUUCAAGAUAUUGACGCCAUUGUCGCAACAUGAAAGAGGAGCCCAACUUAGUGUACUUUUCCAACCUCACAGAGACGACAAGCAAGAGAAUGUUAUGGAGAGGGUGUUUGAGCGUUUGCACCAACAGGCCAUCAUUUGUGACGAGAGAAGACCUGACGUCAUUAGAUUGGCACCUUUGCCCUUAUACAACACCUUUGAGGAAACGUACAUUGCCGCUCAACGUCUAUUCGAAGCUUUAGAUAGAAUAGCAUCCGAUUACAUGUAA